AUGUAAUGUUAACUCCAAAAUUAUGGCAUUUUUGCUUAUUAAUAUAAUUAAUGUUUUUAUCUGAAACCAUAAAAUUGUUAGAGUUAUUUUUUAAAUGAAUGCCAUACUUGUAUCAAUGAAUUUGAAAAUAAAUUCGAUAAUUAAUGUUUUCCAAUAUGCAAUAAUGGAAUCAUUUAAGAAGAGGAAUAAUGUGAUGAUUAAAACCUUAUUUAGUUUGAUGGAUGCUUUUAAUGUUCUAGUAGUUGUCAAUUAGAAUGUUUAGAUUGUUAAAAUUCUUUUUGUUUUUAAUGUUUAUAAGGAUGGAAUCUUAUAGACUUUUUAUGUGUAUAAGAAUGUGGAGAUGGAAUAAUUGCUUUGAGUUCAUAAGAAUAAUGUGAUGAUUAAAAUUAAGAACAAGGAGACGGAUGUUAUGAAUGUAAAUUUGAAUGCUAAUAUAAUUGCAUUUUUUGUAAUGGUAAUCUUGAAUGUGCAAUAUGCAAAGAAUAUUUUGAAAUUAAAGAUAAUUUAUGUAUUCCAAUUUGUGGAGAUGGAUACAUUAUUGAAGGAUUAGAAAUAUGUGAUGAUGGAAAUGAUAUUAAAUAUGAUGGAUGUUAUGAUUGCGAAUAUUCUUGUUAAGAAAAUUGUCAAAUAUGUGAUCAUUAAAAUUGUCUUGACAAUUGCGAUUAUGGAUAUUAUUAAGUAGAUUUUGAAUGCAAUUCUAUAUGUGGUGAUUCUAUUGUUGCUUUAAAUGAAUAAUGUGAUGAUGCUAAUGAUGAUGCUUAUGAUGGUUGCUAUUUAUGUGUCUUUUCAUGUCCUUAAAAUUGUCUUCAUUGUCAUGAUUAAUAAUGUUUUCAAUGUGAUCAUGGUUUUAAAUUGAUUAAUAAUAAUUGUUAAGAUAUUUGUGGAAAUGGCUUCAAAUCUGAUUAAGUAUAAUGUGAUGAUGGUAAUCUCUUAUCACAAGAUGGGUGUUCUGAAACUUGUGAAAUUGAAUUAAAUUGGACAUGCAUUUAAGUUAAAUCCAAAAAUACUUCUUGUUUUUUAAUUACACCUCCUCAUUUUAAUCUAAUAUUAUUAAAUUAAACAUUUGAUGUCCAAUUUGUUCAAAUAUAAUUUACAGAUUAAAUUAAAUUGCUUGAUUCAUCUUAAAAUUUGACAUAAAAUUUAAAAGCAUCCCUAAUCGAUAUCAACCCUUUGCAUUAUACUAUUGCUAAUACAUUCAUUAUUGAGCCUAAUAAUUAAAGUGUUCAUAAUAUUAUAUAUUUCUUAAGAAUUUAAAUAUUAGAAUAACAAACAAGUGAAAUUUUUCUAUAAGUUCAAUUAAACACUUUAUUAGUUGACCGCAAUGGUUUUUAAGUUGAUAAUGAUAUUUGCAAAAUUCACAUUAACAAUCCUCUUGUAUUAACAGAAACUUAAAGAAUGAUAUCCCAUAAAAUUAGCUCUUAUAAUAUGUUAAUACUAAUAGCUCUAGGUGUAUCUAGUAUGAUUAUCUUAAUUUCUGGAAACCCUGCUGAAUGUUUUGAGGUUUUAGACACAAUUUAAUAUUAAUCAAAUCUAAAGUUUAUUAAUAUCAAUUUUCCAGAAAACCUUAUAAUUUAUUUUUAAUCCUCUGAAGUUGUUAGUAUUUUUCCAAUUCUUGAAAAAUUUUUAAUUGUAGAUUUAUAUUAAGAUAUAAUUGGGUAAUAAUAAUCAGCUUAUGGUUAAUUUUUAAAAUAUAAUAUAAAUUCUGAUCUAAUAACUAAUUUAAUUGGUUUAAUUACUCAAUUAGGACUAAUAACAUUAUUGCUCAUACUUUCAUUCUGUUAUUUAAACUUUAUUUUCUAUUCAUUUUUUACUUAAAUUUGUCUCUUUAUAAAUCGCAAUCAUUAAAUACUUUUGUUAAGCUAAUUUGGAUAUCUAAUAAAUAAACUAAAUGAAGUAAGCUUAGGAUUGCUUUCCAUGUUAUCACGAUAAGGAGCCAUUUAUAUUUUGCAAGCUAAUUCUUGGGAUUUAAUUUUUAAGUCCUUGCUAUUUCUUUUCUCUAAAAAAGAAAUUAGUUAUAGAAAUACAGCUUAAAGUAUAUUAGCUGUAAGUAUUUUAAUUUCCAUAGCAAUCUUGAUGUCUUCCUUUUUUUCAUAAUCAUUAUCUAGAUUGAAAUAAAAAAAAAUUAGUUUUGGUCAUGAAAGUUUAAUAAUUGCUAAAAAAUUUUUAAUAUUGAUUAUUCUAAUUAGUUCUUAAAACAACUCUAUUAUAUAAUGUGUGAUGAUUGCAUGCGUUAAUACUAUGUAUAUUACUACAAUCAUCCUUAGUAAAAUGACAAAAAAUAAAAUAGAUCUAAUAACAAUCCUUGUGUUUGAAAUACCUAUCGUCAUUUUUACUUUGCUUAGUCUAUCCUUUGAUCCAAUUAUUGCCACACAUUUGAACAAUGAAACUCAAAUUAUUAUUGGUUUUCUACUAAUUGGCCUUUUGUCUUUAGGUUUAGCAGCUCCAUUAGUAAAAUAUGCUUUCCAAAUCAAAAUCAAAUUAGCAAAAUUUAUUUUAAAAUUUAAGCAAAAAAGACUUAAAGAAAAAUUAAAAUAAAAAAGAUCUACACAAAUAUUUUAUUGA